UUUACAGAUAACCCUUUACAAAGCGAUCCACUAUAAGCUCGCCCACUAUUGAGUACCGACCCCCACCGACCUACUCAAAAAUCAGCUCCCUAGAAGAAAGCUUAAAGACACGGAGUAUAUAAGUAGGCCAUUAUUCCGGUUUACCGGCAAUCACACUUCGCAAAAUGGCGACUGACACCGGAGAAACCCCUUCGUCACCGUCGCAACCGCCGUCGUAUACAAUCGGGCAACCUCGCCACUUCUACCUCGCCGUCGAUCGCCUCCCUUUCAAAAUGGAGACAUUGGUUGAUUUGCUUGGAGUAGUAGGAAGAAGAUCGGGGCUUCCUAUGGUUCUGUGUUGUAGUUCUCGUGAUGAGCUUGAUGCUGUUUGUUCAACUGUUUCAUCUCUUCCUUACAUUUCUCUCUCCUCAUUGUAUAGUGAUCUUGCUGAAUCAGAUCGUGCACAAAUACUUGAGAAUUUCCGUCAUGCAGUCGUCAAGUGGAACCAAAGUGCUGUAGGGGAUGAAGAUGAGGAAGGGCUCAAGUCUCAUAUGGUAGUUGUGACUGAUGCUUGUCUUCCUAUUGUUUCUAGUGAAUCUCCUCUUCCUGCUCGUAUUCUCAUAAAUUAUGAGUUGCCAGCAAAAAAGGAAAUAUAUAUGAGGCGGAUGGCAGCUUGUUUAGCUUCCGAUGGGAUUGUGAUUAACAUGGUUGUCGGGGGUGAAGUAGUGACUCUUAAGAGCAUUGAAGAAGCCAGUAAUCUUAUCAUUGCUGAGAUGCCUAUACAGGUAUCUGAGAUAUUGUGACAAUAAGUCAGCUCAUCAUUUCAUUGGAUCAUUCAGGAUAAUAUCAGGGGAAUGCUUUUGCUUGGGUCACAAAUCUGGAGAAAUUUAGUACUUGUGAAUGCUGUGAUUAUUUGCUAGUUCAGUGAUUCAAAGAGUCUUUAAUCUCCUAAUGUGUGCCUGGUUUUUCUUGCUAGUAAGGAUAAAACAUUUGUUUUUGGAAUUGUCAUGUGGCGAUUUUUUGGUAGCCGAGACUGUUCAGCUUGGGUAGUGUUUAAUGUCAUUGAGCUGUCCUAUUUGCUAUUCUGGGCUAUUACAUAUGAAAUUUGGAAGGCUUCAAGGGGAAAAAAAUUGGUGGUAGGUUGCUUUCUUUGCUAUUAUGGGAGUUCAGUGAGGGCUUUGGUGAUUAGAGGUCCUUAUUUUUCUUUGGCAUCUUUAUUGAAUUGAGAGGUGCAUUUAGCGUUACUUUAGGCUCAUGGAGUGGUUCCCAGCCCUUGUCCCUUUCUAUUGUAUCGUGUGAUUGGAGUUUUUACCCCUUUUCCUUGAAUUUUGGUGGACUUUGGGUCCUUUUUUUUUUUUUUUUUUUUUAAGAUUUAUCUUCAUACCUAAUACUACUUGAUCUUCCAUCCAGGAUAAUCAGUUGUGUGCUUUAGCAAUGUACUUGUUAGGAGUAGAUUUAAAAUCAAUGAACUUCAGGACUUAAAGGUAGGAUUAAGUUAUUAAAUUUAAUUAAUUAAAUAAAUAAUGUGGAAUGUCUCUUAUGUGGCAAA